AUGGCGGCAUCUGCCCAUGCCACCUCGACAACCGACGAUGACGCCGAUUACGUUGCCUACUACAACGAUUGUAUGCAAAACCCCAACGCCUUUUGGGAUCAGCAAGCCCGACAGCGACUCCAGUGGCGCCAGUUGUAUGACAAGGUGGCUGACCACAACUUGGCUGAAGGUCAAAUCCGCUGGUUUACCAACGGCAAGCUCAACGUUGCUGAGAACUGUAUCGACCGCCAUGUCGAGUCGGGUCGUGGAGAUGCGACCGCACUCAUCUACGAGGCUGACGAGCCAGGCACCACCCAACACAUUACUUACAAGGAGCUUCAAGAACAAGUCAACCGUCUCGCCAACGUUCUCCUGCAGCAGGGCGUCAAGCAGGGCGACCGCGUCUGCCUCUACCUCCCUAUGACCCCCUACGCAGUGUAUGCCAUGCUAGCAUGUGCACGCAUCGGUGCCAUCCACACUCUUGUCUUUGCGGGCUUUAGCGAGGACGCGCUUGCUGCCCGCAUCUCUGACGGUGAUUGCCGUGUCUUGAUCACUGCCGACGAAAGUGUUCGUGGUGGCAAGAAAAUUCCUCUGCGUCAAAUUGCCAACGAUGCUCUCGCUCAAAUCCCGGGUCAAGUACGAGCAGUCCUUGUUCAAGAGCGCACCGGUAAGACCCCGCCCCAGGCGUAUGACAUCAAGUUGUACGAAGCCAUGGCAGCUGCUUCACCCGUUGCCGAGUCGGCCACAGUGGACGCCGAGGAUGGCCUCUUCCUCCUUUACACCUCGGGUAGCACAGGAGCACCCAAGGGACUUUUGCACACUUCGGGUGGCUACCUCCUCUACGCCGGCUAUACUCAUGAGCACUUUUUCGACUACAAACCGGGAGAUAUCUAUGCAUGCUUGGCCGACGUCGGCUGGAUCACUGGCCAUACCUACGUGGUCUACGGCCCUCUCGUCAAUGGCGCUACCACAGUCAUUUUCGAGAGCGUGCCGACUUACCCAGAUGCAAGCCGAUAUUGGGAGAUGGUUGAGCGACUGCGCAUUAAUCAGUUGUACACGGCCCCAACCGCGCUACGCCUUUUAAUGAAGCAAGGCGACGACUUUGUGCAGAAGCAUGACCGCUCUUCGUUGCGCGUCCUGGGUUCGGUCGGUGAGCCCAUCAACCCAGAGGUGUGGCGCUGGUUUCACGAUGUGGUUGGCAACAAACAGUGCCGAAUUGCCGACACCUGGUGGCAAACGGAGACUGGUGGCAUCAUGAUGUGCCCCUCACCGUUGGCAAGCAAGGAAGGUCAUAAGCCGGGUGCCGCCAUGCACCCAGCCGUUGGCGUGGUGCCCCUCUUGCUAGGCACCGAUGGUCAAGAAAUCAAAGGCAACGACGUCGAAGGUCUUCUAUGCCUUCGAGAUCCCACGCCAGGAAUGGCCCGGACAGUCUUUGGAAACCACAAACGAUUUUGUGAAACCUAUUGGUCGCACUUUCCCGGCUACUACUUUACGGGCGAUGGAGCAAAGCGCGAUUCUGAAGGCCAUUAUCACAUCACAGGCCGCGUGGACGACGUGAUCAAUGUCAGUGGUCACCGCCUCGGUACUGCCGAGGUUGAGAGCUCGCUCCUGCUACACAAGGGCGUCGCUGAGUCGGCCGUCGUGGGCUAUCCACACGAUGUCAAGGGUGAAGGAAUUUGUGCCUACGUGAUUUUGCGUGCCGAUUUUGAGCCGACGGGCAACACAGCCAAGGAGCUCAAGGAGGUUGUGCGCCACCACAUUGGCGCCUUUGCCAGUCCUGAUCGCGUGCAGUUGGUCAAGGACUUGCCAAAGACGCGUUCGGGCAAGAUCAUGCGUCGCAUCUUGCGCAAAAUUGCCAGCAAUCAGCUGAACGAGUUGGGAGAUCUUUCUACUCUGGCUGAACCCAAAGUAGUCGACGAGAUCAUUGAAGGCCAUAAGGAAUUCCUGGGCUGA